AUGUCCUCCAACACCGCUGAAACCGACUCUCAGGUAAACGAAAUGGUGCCAUUAGAAGAUCUAGAAGCCUCCCCUCAAGAGCACAUAUGUCCAGACCCAGACACUUUUCAAUGUGCCAUGCAAGUGAAGGAAGAUUCUGACGAGACUGGAGAUCUUGAACACGACGAAAUUGAAGAAAACGAAAGUGAAGAUAAUCCCCAGGAAGCAAAAUUGCAAAUUUCCCCAGAAACCAUCUGUGAUGUUACAGCAGUGCAGCAGGUGAUGGUCCCUGACACCGAAAAUCAAGCCGAAGCUAUUGAUGAAGACCAGAGGUCCACCGGAAAACCCAAGAGAAAGAAGUUGAAGUGA